GAACUCUAUCCACCUGCAACUCUUUUAUCCUUCUACCCUCGACCAAGGAGACCUCUGCAAAGCAAGUCUGUCUUUCUAGUUUCUUUUACCUUCAUUUUUCCUCUUUAUUUCCGGUCCAGCCCAAAUCGGUACCAAAAUGUCCGUCGCAGAUGACGACAGCUUACUCGAAAAGCUGGACACAAUCGUUCCUGCCCCCCUAGCUGAAUUCGAUGCCUUUCCGAAAUUCCCUACGACCUACAAGUCGCGCUCAGAGUCUCGUGGAUUUUUGACUGUACUUGUUGGAUUCCUGGCGUUCUUGCUUAUGCUCAACGACAUUGGGGAGUAUAUUUACGGUUGGCCGGAUUAUGAGUUUAGUGUGGAUAAGGAUCUCGGGAGUUCUAUAUUCAUCAACAUGGAUAUUCUAGUUGCUAUGCCUUGUGGAGCUAUCAGCGUGGACUUGAGGGAUGCACUAGGAGACAGGUUGAUGUUGAGUUCGAAUUGGAGGGGCAGAGGGGAGAAAGGUUUUAUGACUUUAAAGCGUGAUGGGGUCAAAUUCGACGUUGGAAGAGCUACCGCGAUGCACGAACACGCGAAAAUGUUAUCCGCUGGAGAAGCCAUUAAGCAAUCCCGCAAGUCGCGUGGGUUGUUCGAUGUUUUCCAAAGUCAUAAAUCCAAAGCACCCGAAAUCAGACCGGCCAUUCAGUACGAGGCUGAUGGAAGUGCAUGCAGAGUUUAUGGACAUAUGGAAGUCAAGAAGGUUACUGCCAACCUUCACAUCACAACACUAGGACAUGGAUAUGCGACCCACGAGCACACUGACCACUCAAAGAUGAACCUUUCACAUGUCAUCAACGAGCUCUCCUUUGGACCUUACUUCCCCGAUAUCACCCAGCCUCUAGACUACUCAUAUGAAGUAACCAAUGACCCAUUUGUUGCAUACCAAUAUUUCCUCCAUGUUGUGCCUACAACCUACAUCGCUCCAAGACGCGCUCCUUUGAAGACCAACCAAUACAGUGUCACGCACUACACUAGGGUGUUAGAACACGGCAAAGGGACGCCUGGAAUAUUCUUCAAAUUCGAUUUGGACCCAAUGGCCUUGACGAUUCACCAACGGACAACUACCCUUCUUCAGUUGUUGAUCAGAUGUAUUGGUGUGGUAGGCGGAGUCUUCGUUUGCAUGGGCUACGCCAUCCGCAUAACCACCCGCGCAGUCGAAGUCGUCACCGGUCCCGACGAAUCCGACUCCAUCGCCGUAGCCGCCUCUGGUGCAUCCACCAAACCCGGUCUCCGUUCCAAAUGGGCAGGAGGACACCUCCGCAGUCGCAGUAAAAUCAUUCGCCAAGGCACUGGUUGGACUGUCGACAACUCCCCCGGUUCCCCUGCCAUGUCUACCUACAGUGGAUACAGCAGCUACGCCGGUUCUCCGAUGCCCAACCAAGGAGCAUUCAGUCCUUACCCAAAUCAAUCGACGUUCAGCCCUGUACAAUCCCCAUUUGUUAGUUCUCCUGCUUAUAACGCGCAACUGCCACCUUCAAAUCCUGCUUCGCCUGCUCCGGGUAGUACGUUUAUGUCUCCGCCUCCUCCCCCGAGUGCGAGUGCGAGAGGUGGGUCACCGUCGUUGGCCCCACCACCUUCUAGUGGAUUGCAAAGUCAUUUUGGGCCUCCCCCGCCUGUGCCGGGUACACCGUCGUCGUUUGGGCAGUUCCCGCCAACGCCUAAUCCUGUGAAUGGAGAGAGUGGGUUCCCAAAUGGACCUUCUCCUCCACCGAAGAGGAUUCCUUCGGGUGGGCCGAAGAAGGAGGAUUAA